AUGAGUGAUUCUGAAAACUUGAAAUACGCCAAUGUGCACGUAGUAUCCUCUGCAAAAGAUAGAGGAGUAGAAAGCACAGGACAUAAACAAGAUAAAAGGGUUGACAAUGACCUUGUAUCGAUCGAGGUGAAUGAAAUUCUGUACGAAAAGGAAGCCAAUAAGAAACUAAGAUGGAAAAUUGAUUAUAGAAUAAUGCCGUUCUUGAUGAUCAUUUACGGGUUGCAAUACUUAGAUAAGACUUUGUUAAAUUACGCGGCAGUCAUGGGGAUCAAGGAUCAUUUACGAGGAAAUGAAUUUAGUAAUACGGGUACUAUAUUCUAUGCCAGUUAUCUUGUGGCUGAACCAUUUGCCGGUCUUAUGAUUCAGAAACUUCCCGUUGGAAGAUUAUUAGGGUCUAUUGUGACUCUUUGGGGCAUAAUUACUAGUUGCCAUGCUGCUGCGAAAAGUUAUCCAGGAUUAAUUAUCGUCAGGACUCUCCUUGGAAUAUUUGAAGCACCUGUUGCAGGCUGUCUUCUUGCAAUAACAAGUAUGUGGUGGAAUAGGCGUGAACAAACCAGAAGAACUGGAUUAUGGUAUUUGCAAAUCGGGGUCGCUCAAAUAGUUGGAAGCUUGAUUUCGUUCGGUUUUCAACACGUACAAUCUACUAGUAUUGAAAGUUGGCAAAUAUUGUUCAUUUUUAUGGGUGUAUUCACAUCGCUAGUUGGAUUAGUGGCUUUCUUUUACUUGCCUAAUGAUAUUAGUAGCUGUACCUUUUUAACUGAAGAAGAAAAGGAGGCUGCAAUUCAACAUAUUAAAGUGAAUCAAACAGGCCAGAAGAAUAAAAAGUUCAAAUGGUAUCAGGUUAAAGAAUUGAUUAUUUACGAUAAACAGACUUGGGUCUUACUAAUGAUUACGAUACUUACAAUGAUCGGUAACGGCGCAGUGUCAAUUUUUGCAAGCGUUAUUAUUAAAUCGUUUGGUUUCUCAAAUAAAGCUGCAACAAUAAUCCAGAUUCCUUCCGGAGUAGCUACGAUAGCUGGUACAUUAAUAUCUUGUUAUUUAGCAGGAUAUAUUGGCAACAGGGCAUAUCUUUUAGUGCUGGUUUGUAUACCUGCAUGUCUAGGUGCUAUCCUACUUUUGGCGUUAGGCAAUGAACAUAAAGUUGGAAAGCUUUUCGGGGUCUACUUGUUAAACUUUAGUAGUUCUGUUCUCCCGGUAAUAUACAGUUGGAAUUCUGUAAAUACUUCGGGGUACACGAAGGUCACUAUGAGAAAUGCAUUAACAUUAAUUGCCUUCUGUAUAGGUAAUUUGAUUGGACCCCAGAUAUUCAGAGAAAAGGAUGCUCCUAAUUACACACCUGCUAAGAUUGUUCUUAUAGUCGCGAUGAGUUGUCCAGUUUUUCUUGCAUUGGUUCUUCGCCAAAUAGCGAUAAGAGAAAAUAGAAAGAGAGAUUCAGAGGGAUUAGUUGGGUACAGGGAUGACGUGACGACCCUAGACUUAACUGAUAUUGAAAAUAAGAGCUUUAGAUAUGAGUACUAG